AGUAGGAGAGGAGGCGAGAGCACACACACAUACAUACAGACACACACACACUGUCUGUGCUGCUACUACACUCACAUCCAUACAGCCAGGUACAGUGCUGAGAGCUGCUGCUGCUGCUGCUGGAGGGCAAGGAAGAAAUGUGAGAGACUGCAGUCCAAUGUGCGGCCACUAAAUCACUACACGUGUGUCCAGGAAGGCCCAGGAUGAAUUUAUUGCAGAACUAGACAAGACAGGUUUGUCUGAAGAGAAUCCCUUGGAGUUACGUUACAGUGAUCCCUUGGAGUUACGUUACUAGUGAUCUGCGGAGAUACCAUAAGACCAUGGCAAACAGUAGCAAGGAGCGUCUCUGCGGGUCUGGUGCGCCCCUUGGUCAUGUCAAUGGCUUCCCCCCAUCUGUUUACCCCUUUGCCUUUAGUGGAGGGAUGCGGAGCUCACCACCUUUCGAAGUGCUUGCCAAUGGGAACUUUUUCCGAAGUUUCCCCACCGACCUGCCCAAAGAAAUGGCUUCUCUGUCUGUUGAAACGCAAAGUACCAGCUCAGAGGAGAUGGUCCCCAGCUCUCCCUCGCCUCCCCCACCUCCACGUAUUUACAAGCCCUGCUUCGUGUGCAAUGAUAAGUCCUCUGGAUAUCACUAUGGGGUCAGCUCUUGUGAGGGGUGCAAGGGUUUCUUCCGUCGCAGCAUACAGAAGAACAUGGUGUACACUUGUCACCGCGAUAAGAACUGCCAGAUUAAUAAGGUGACACGAAAUCGCUGCCAGUUUUGCCGACUACAGAAGUGUUUUCAGGUCGGCAUGUCUAAAGAAGCUGUACGAAAUGACAGGAACAAGAAGAAGAAAGAGAUAAAGGAAGAGGUGGUGGUAUCAGACAGCUACGAGAUGCCUCCUGAGAUGGAAGAGCUCAUUCAGAAAGUCAGCAAAGCCCAUCAGGAAACCUUUCCAUCUCUCUGCCAGCUCGGCAAGUACACUACGAAUUCCAGCGCUGACCAACGGGUGCAACUGGACCUUGGCCUGUGGGAUAAAUUCAGUGAACUUGCUACCAAAUGCAUCAUCAAGAUAGUGGAAUUUGCCAAGCGUUUGCCAGGCUUUACUACAUUGACCAUUGCCGACCAAAUCACCCUGUUGAAAGCUGCUUGCCUUGACAUUCUGAUGCUUCGAAUUUGCACACGUUACACCCCAGAACAAGACACCAUGACUUUCUCAGAUGGAUUGACCUUGAACCGGACUCAGAUGCACAAUGCCGGUUUUGGUCCUCUCACAGACUUGGUUUUUGCGUUUGCUGGUCAGCUUCUACCGUUGGAAAUGGAUGACACAGAAACGGGACUCUUGAGCGCCAUCUGCCUAAUUUGUGGAGAUCGGAUGGACUUGGAAGAGCCAGAAAAGGUAGAAAAGCUUCAGGAACCGUUGCUGGAGGCCCUUAAAUUUUACGCUAGAAGACGAAGACCAAACAAGCCUUACAUGUUCCCCCGUAUGCUUAUGAAGAUUACUGAUCUGCGUGGCAUCAGUACCAAAGGAGCGGAGCGAGCAAUCACGUUGAAGAUGGAGAUCCCUGGACCUAUGCCUCCACUUAUCCGUGAGAUGCUGGAGAAUCCUGAGGCCUUUGAGGAUGGUUCAGACACCCCUAAGCCAAGUGAACCUCCGUCCAGUGAAAGCAGUGAGGGCAGUCCUACAGAGGAAGAUAGCAGUGGUUCCAAGACUCCCUAGCCGUCCGCAACAUGCAGGGAAUACUGCCCUGCCACUUGAACGUUUUAAGAGAGCCACCUUGGCUUCACCCUCUGUUAUUUGAGGCAUUUCAGGGUGAGCCAGAUGAGCAGGGAUACUAGCCUUGCUUAGUGCUCAAUACUGCUCUUAUUUUCUGAUGCAAAAAAAAAAGACUCGCUCACUGAGAGUACUGGAAGGGGACUUCAGAAUACCGAACAAUACAACUCCAGAGACAUCAUGGGGCAUCUACAGAAAUGUGGGCACUGCAAUUUAACCCCCAAAUAAACAAUAGUACUGAAGCUAAUAUUGCUUUGAGGUGAACUGGAUAAUAUUAUGGAUAGCCCUCCACUUACUCAGUAUUUUGCCAAAGAUCUUGAUGACCAUUGUUCCUCUGAUGCAAAGACUCUAUGAGACCGGAUAAGCUGACGAGUACCCAAUUCUGGCACCAGAGAGAAUACCCUUUCUUGGAAGGGUUUAAAGCACAUUACUCUGUGUGUACAUAUGCAAAUAUAUAUAUAUAUAUAUAUAU